UGUUAACAGGUGAUACUACACAAUGUAAAAACAAAACGUAUUCGCUCACAAGUCACUAAUGUCACUGUCAAUUUACAUUCAGUUGUCAACAUAACCUUAAAAGUUCACGAAGUUAUUUACUGUAAAAAUACGAAAAUAUUUGCAUUUUAAUUAAAUAAAACGGCCUCAAAGCAUUUAAAUAUCAGUUAAACACAAUAUUAGAGCUAUCACAUAAUGAAUUUAGCGCGUAAAAUCUGCACAACGCAUCACAGUUAUGUCACUAAAAACCUUUACAGAAAGUUUAGAUUUUCUGCAAUAAACUAUGAUAAUUCAACUGCAACACAGCCUCAGGUUAAAGAAGAGAAAUACAACUUCGAGGACAUCAACACUCUAGAGCGAACAGAGCGUCGUAAAGCUCAAAUUCAGCCAUUUAUAAAGGACGUCUUCACAUCUAUAUUCAACAAAGAAUUACUAGCUUAUCCCGAGAUUUUAAAUAAGGAGGAAACUGAAUCUUUAGAGAAAAGGAUCAAUAUUAUAUCUAACGUGUUUGAGAACCCGCAAAAAACAGCCCAAGAUCGUAGAAAUGUGUUAAAAAAUACAAAAAUGUAUGCUGCGCCGAUAAGCUUAACAAGAAAUGGCUUGGCAGCUAAUAUAACUGAAAGUUUAAGGUAUUUAGAGAUCAUAGCUGGUGAUUUCCAACUUGGCCAAGAGAUCAGUGACCACUGGGUGGCUCUCCAAGCUUUGCAAGAAGGUUUAUCUCAAGAGCAAUUGUCUAUGAUUAUUGAUGAUCUGAUUUCUGGUGAUAAGCCAGUCUCUCUGGCUAUUAAAGAGAGAGUUGCUGAAAGAAUUUCACAGGCUGACUUCAGAACUGCUGCUGAAAUGGACAGUCAGGGAAUAUGGUACAUCAAUGGUGAGAAAGUCUGCAAUUAUAGCAAUGGAUACAUCCUGGUGCUGGCUACGUAUGAGUCUGCCCAGUUGAAAGCAUUCCUCGUACACCCUGGAGCAUCCGGAGUCAGCUCCAACGGAGCUUUCGUUUCUUUCAUGAAAACUCCUGCCACACCUCUGGAAAUGAUCAACAAUGACAGGUUGGCGAAGAUCCUUGGACUGUCUCGUCUGUUCGCGUCUGUUCUCUGCCGUUCUCGACUGUCAACUGCUGUCCAAAGCGUGGUGGAGUACACCAGACCCAGAGCCUUCUCUGGGAAACCGUUAUCGGAGCUGACAACAAUACAGUCCACUGUUGGGAACGCGUUGCUUGAUAUCUACGCCAGUGAGAGCGCGGAUUACUUCACAGCUGGACUCCUAGAUGGAUAUUCGGAGCCAGAUGCUGAAGUGGAAGUGGCUAUGUGCAGGAAUUUCAUAGCAAACCACGGAUUGACAUCGAUGCUGCAUCUCCUCACGAUACCAGCGUUGGACAAGGAGGAAGAAUGCAAACAGUUGCUGGACGAUAUGCGGCAUGUCGCCACCAGGGGCGAAACCCUGGAUAGUGUGAACAUGUUUAUAGCUCUCAACGGCAUCCAUCAUGCCGGCAAAGUGAUGUCGGAAGAAGUAAAACAGAUUAGAAAUCCCCUCAUGCAUCCAACGUUCAUCUUUAAGAAGGUUCUAGCUAACAGACAUCAGGAGAAAGACGAUCCAAAACUCACCCUCUACUUGGCAGAAUAUCUUCAUCCCUCCCUAAAGCAGCCCUCUGAACAGCUGGAGUACUGUGUGCUACGAAUGAGGUUCGCCUGUGAGACCCUCAUGGCGAGACACGGCGUCAAAAUAUCCUCAGCUUACACGGAGCUGGGUCGGUUAGCUGAAGCUGCAACUGAAAUUUUAGUAAUGUCAGCAGUCUUAGCUAGAGCUUCAAGGGCAUAUUGUAUCGGUCUAAGAAAUGCUGACAUGGAGAUGAAACUGGCAGCUUGUUUCGUAGAGAAAACGAGAGAUAAAGUAAGAAAAUUAAUCAAAGAAAUUGAUGACGGUGAAUAUCUAAAUUUGGACCAUUUUACUACCCAGUUUGGUAGGAAAGCGCUCGACAGUAAUGCUACCAAUCCUACCUUGGUAGAAAAACCUACGGCAAGGGUGUUUUGGUAGGUUUUUUAUUUGGUUUAUUAUUUUUUUACAGCCGUGCUAUUGAGGGUAGAUGGAAGGAGAAUUAUUUCUGUACCUAUGUAAAAUGUGUCCUAUCAUUUCAUAUACGUAAAUCCCUUAUAACUCACAAGAGGCCCUCAACGCACUUGUGCUAACUCCUUUGGUACUGCGAGUGUCCAUGGGCGGCGACGAUUGCUUACCAUCAGGUAAUCCGUCUGCUUAUUUGCAGACCUAUUCCUGUAUUAGCACUUACUUUAUUUCAGCCGAAUCGUGUAUAAAUGCGAAAUCCGCGUC